GGGAGCGGCGCAGUUGGAGGGUCGUGGCCUGCGGGAGUCGCACGGUUUGCUCCAUUCGCGUGUGCGACCCGAAGCAAGGGGUUGUUUUUGCGGCCUCUGCCUCCCGGCGUUUGCAAGAGAACCGAGAAGAUGGUGAAUGUUCUGAAAGGUGUUUUGAUUGAGUGUGACCCAGCAAUGAAGCAGUUUCUGCUCUACUUGGAUGAGUCAAAUGCUUUGGGAAAGAAGUUCAUCAUACAAGACCUGGAUGAAACUCAUGUCUUUGUAUUAGCUGAAUUGGUUAACUUCCUCCAGGAGAGAGUAGGCGAGUUAAUGGAUCAGAACUCGUUUCCUAUUACUCAGAAGUGAAAAGACAAGAGAAAUGGGAUUACUGGAAGGAAAGUGAAUUUCAAUAGCAUGGGUUGUUUUAAUAGAUAACACUGUGAUUUGUAAGUUCUACAUAGAAGUGGCUACUCUGAAAAAUGCAUCAUUUUCGUAGACAAAAUACUCUGGAACUGGAUUUUGUUUCUUAUUUUGAAAGAUUAUGGUAUCUUUACUAAAAUCCUUAAAAUUCUACAGUUGAGGACUUGCCUAAAGAAUUUUUGAUGCAUGCUCUGUGUUUUUCCUGUAGGAUUUUUAUCUUGCAAAAUGGUGUGACUCAAAAAUUAGUGUUUAUGCAUUAAAAUGCUAUAUGGACUCUUCUGACAUGUUAUGUUUCUGUAGAAUUGUUUGACUCUGAUUAUAGUGUGACUGAAAGAAAGUAAAGCAUAUCUGUUAAAGUAUGAUCUGUGCUUGUUGGAACAUCUCUGUAAGUUGAAGGCAUGGUCAGAUAGUGCUUUAACUUAAUGGGUUUUAUACACCAGAAUGAAAGUCGGUGUGACUGUUUUAUUGUUGUGGUUUUGUUUUGUUUUCCAAAAGUUUAACAAAUGCCCCAUACUACUUGCCUACUUUUACCAAAUCACAAAUUAAAGGGGUAACAGAAAUGGGAGACCAAUCCUAUAUAUAAUUGCUUUGGUCACAGUAAGCUAUGUGAUCAGGAAGGAGAUUCACGUGCUCUACCUGCAAAGAGGAAAGCUGGUUUGGGAUUUUUUUUUUUUUUGAGUGUUGUGUUUUUUCCUUCAGCUUAGCUCUUCCUCCCCUAUUGCUUUUUGCUGCAAAGGAAAAGUUUUGUAGUUUCAUAGUCUUUUGGGUUUUGUUUUGGUUUUUUGCUUUGUUUUUGUUUUUAGUUUUUGCAUUGUAUUUGUAACUCUAGUUCAGACACUGGCUUAUUUAGUAAAUGAGCUAGUGUAUGAUGAUGGAAUCUCUGAAGAUCCCUUUUUGCAGGUCAGGCACAUACAGAUUACAGAAACAAGAAGAAUAAUAUGUAUUACUUUUUCUCUUAUCCUACUUCCUACUCAAAAUAGUAAAAAUUGUUGGAUCUAUAAGUAAUCAUUGAUAUUCUGGGAUAUUACAUCAAAGGGAAGCUUGGUUUUCAGAGCUUCUCAUGUAUAUCAGACACGUUUUUAUCUUCGGGGAAAAAACAAGCAUAAAUUGAAAAGCUUUUGUAAGGAACAGUUUUCCUUGCUGACUUUCCCACUGCUGCUUGUUUUUCUUGUCCAGUAGCUAUCAGAUUAGUUGGUGGGUUUGUUUUUGUUGUUUGUUUGGGUUGCUCAUUGGUUUGUUGGGGGAGAGUUGUUUUGGUUUGUUUUUUUCCCCUCAGGAAUAGGGAAGCUUCAGGAGAAAGUUUCACUAGAUAUUUUUAAUCAAAAAGCUGUCCAAAGAAAGUUCUGUAGAAUUGCAUAUAUUCAGGCUCAUGAUGAGCAAACAGGCUUGUAGAAUUUAGCAUCAUGUAAUUUCUGUUUCCCUUCUUUGGAAUUCUUGUUUGUUUUCCAUCCAGAUUUUGCUGAAAGGUAAAUCAUCCCCCACUCUUCCUUCAAAUGACAGCAUUUGAAAAGUCAUGUGUGGAAUUCCACCUCUUAAGCUUCUCUAUAUUUAGCAUGUCUAGUGCUCCAUUUCUGUUAUGAUUUUCCUUUUAGGUCUAUAAUAAACUUCUUGCAGUUCUUGGGUUUUUCUCUUGGUUAAUUGCACAGCUUUGCUGUUGCAUUACCUGUGCUUUGGCUUACAUUUACAAUUGAUAAUGGCUUAUGUAAUACAGACGGAUAGAAAUUCCAAACUGUAUAAACUAAAUAAGCAUGUAUUCUUAUACUCUACUUGUAACUUUUUUUUUCUUAUUUUGAUCAAACAAGUUUAUGGACUUUUAACUUCUAAACCUGUCAAUAAUUUGAUCCUUUCUGCAACCUAACAAGGCCUAAUUGAUUCUGUACUGUAAGAAUAAACAAACGAUGUAAAGAAGCAAA